GGAGAAUAAAUUCGCUCUUGCAUAGAACACCCCAAUCCCUUCUCGCCCUCGAAAUAUCAUUUGGCUUAGUGCUGCCCGAGAAGACUCUCAUAUUGAAGGUUUAUCGUCAACACAAAUCUUAAUUCCCUGUUUGUUGCUAUACAGAUUCGCUUUGUUAGUUUCCAUUGGUAAAAACGGAUUCUUGUUUGCAUUUGAAAGCCUAGCUCUGCACGCAACAAAGAUCUAUAUUUACCAACCAAACCAGGACAGUCUUGCGAGACCACUAUGUAACUUGCCUAUCUUCGAGAUAACGAUGCUGUGGCUGGUACAGAUCUGUUCACUUUCUCCUAUUUGUUCCCUGUCUUUUUUCCCCUCUUGUGCAUUGGACUAUGUUUUGCAUCUGAAUAGUAUUAAGUGUGCCUAAACAAUGGAAUAACCAUCUGUGUCAUAAUUCUUACCGAGAUAAGGAUAGACUCAAGUUGAAGAUGGACGAAAGAGGCUUCUGUGGUAGACAGCGAACAAGUUCAUUAGGAAAUAUGCUACGAGAUACUUUCAGGAAAAAUCACAAAAUCGCUAUAAUUGUCAUCAUGGUACUUGUGGUAGCACUUUACUUGUUUCCUCCAACUCAUAUCGUGUCAAAGAAAACUAGCGAAGGGGAACUGGGUCAGAGAAACGUAGGAGAUAGUCCAUUAUGGCAGGAAAGGGGAAGAAAUAAAACGGAGCCUAAGAAAUUAUACGUUAGACAUCCAUCAGUAAUAAAGAAUAUCCGCAAGAAAAGCCAGAGGUACAGGCCUAAGUCUAGAACUAAAAUAAAACCAUCAAGGAUAUUUUACGGUGACUGUUACGCUUAUUCAUCUGAAGGAGCAAGGGUUCUGCCAUUAGAAGUUUUGAAACGUCAUGGAUGCGAGAAGCGCCUUCCAAAAGCCAUGGUAAUAGGGAUUAAGAAAUGUGGUACGAUGACUCUAACUCACUACCUUUCACUUCAUCCUAUGGUAGUCAUUCGAGGAGAAGUAAGUGUUCCUCAAGGAACAUGCCUUAAUGCUGAUGAUAUUGGAAAAUGGCGAGAGCAGAUGCAAUGGUCUAGCCCAAGAAUGGUUCCUAUGAUCGGUAAGCCCAUUAACAUGGCAAACGGUACGUUCGAAUUGUUAAAAUAUCUGCUGGAUAGUAACGCUAAAACGAUCAUGAUAAUCCGUGACCCGGUCGUUCGUGCUGUCUCUGAUCAUGUCCACACAGCUGGCAUACUAUCCAAAAGUACAGCGAGGACAAAAGUUCAAUCGUUUGAAAACACAGUAAUUAACCAUUGGACAGGACAAAUCAAUGAGGACAUUCCUUAUGUUGUGAAAGGAAGAUACGUUGAAAAAUUUCGAACGACAUUGAGGCAUUUUGGACGCGACCGAAUCCUUAUUCUUGAUGGCGAAGCCUUUGUUCAGGAUCCUCUUCCCAUCAUGAUACAAACGGAAAUAUUUCUUGGUCUUCCGCCAUUUUUCGAGAGAAAACAUUUCAUCCAAAACCCAAAGACAGGGUUCUACUGUGCAAAUGUUCCCCAGAGACCAAACUACAAGUGUGCGAAUCCUAAAAUAAAAGGGCGCCCUCACCCUGAAAUACGUGAAGUUAUAUCAAAGAAGCUAUAUGAUUAUUACCGUCCAUAUUCUAUGGAAUUCAUGAAAGAAGCAAACGUUUCCUUCAAGUGGCUAUUACAGUAAUCCAUUAGAAACAUUGGAAUAAAGACACACUGAAAUUGUUGAAUCAUUGUAGAUUAUUUGAUAAGGAUCUCACCUUGUAACUCCACUUCGUGAAGACAUGAUUAGAUAUUACUCCAAACAUGAUUCUUACCAAUGAAAUUACUCAAAUUAAUUUUUAUUCGAAAUUCUUGAUGAAAUAAACAUUAAAUCAACCCUUACCAGUUUCAACAAAUACAAAAACCACGUUUGUUUAGCUAGAAUUAAGAUUGUUUAAAGAUAAAAAAAAAACGAAACCAUGAAGUUAAGACGAAUUACAAAAUGAUUUAUAAAUACAUGUAUGUUUAUUCCGAUUUUUGUUAAAUGGUGUGAUGACAUGUAUGUGUUGCGAUGCAUAUCAAUUUGCAGCAUGAAUGUUCUGAAUAUAUAUUGUGUCAAUCAUUAAAGUAAUAGAAAUAAUGUUCUGGGGAAUUAUACCCCAAAAUACUUGUGUGCAACAUAUCUAAAGGAUUUCAUACAAACUUUGUAUUGUUUUUUUGUUAGUUUUAUACUUGAUAUGAAGCUAUUAACGUACAUAUCUCACUUAUGAUUUUUUUUCAUAUCGGCUCACAAAACGAAAUAUAUCUCUUAAAAUAUUUUUAGUGAUUGUAAUAUGUGUUUUUGAAGUAUAUUAUCGACCCAUCUCAAUGAGAAUGAACUCAGUGAAAACGUUAGUGUUAACAUGCAUGCAAAUAUAUACUGUAUUAGGAUAUCAACAUAGAAUAGCGGUAAGAGCGAUCUGUUAUAUUCUGUUUUUAAGUGUGACGAUUCGUAAUAUGGAAAAAAUAAGUUUUCGAUUAUUUCGCAAUACAAUGUACUUUAAUUUCAAACUAAAAGCAUUACAUGUAAAUAAAUUCUAGUUUCUUCUUAUUUUAAUAACUCAAUCAUAAAGAGAUAUUUGCAAUAAAUCCCCACCUCUCAAAUG